AUGGCGUUGAAUGACGUAAACCUGAUGGGCGCACAAUCUUUCGGCAAGCUGGAACCGUUCCAACCAACCAUGGCGUGGAAUAACUAUAAAGAACGAAUGGAGUUUUACUUCGAAGCCAAUGGAAUAGCUAACGAAACGUCGAUGAGGGCGAUUUUCUUAUCAUGCGUCGGGGAAGCACCUUACGAAAUAAUCCGUUCCCUAUUGACGCCGUUGACUCCAAAAGACGUAUCGCUUCAUGAAAUCGUUGAAAAACUCGAGAUUGUGCAGCGGUUUGCGUUCCAUAAGCGGCACCAGAAUAGUGGGGAGACAAUAGCUGAUUUCGUAAAAGACUUGCGUAAACUGUCGGAACAUUGUGGCUUCAUGGAACUGGAUAAUAUGUUGCGGGAUCAAAUUGUAUGCGGAGUGGCAGAAGAAGCGCUGCAAAAACGUCUUUUUAGCGAAACAAGAUUAGACUUUAAACGUGCGUACGAGAUAGCAAUCGCCCAUGAAGCGGCUUACCGCAAUGUAAGGGACGUGCGCGGCAAUGGUAAUGACGUUUUGGCGGUGUCAAUGAAGAAUAAACCCAGGAAAGUAGAAAAGUUGCAGUGUUUCCGUUGUGAGGGCAGCCAUUUUGCAAACAAGUGUCAUUUUAAAGAUAAGAAAUGCGAAUUUUGUCAGAUAAAAGGACACUCUAUGAAAGCGUGUUUCAAAAAGAGAGCACAUGACCGCAAGAAACUUGCAGUCCACGCAUUAGAUGGAGAGGCGGAGGACACAGGGCCAGCGGCAGAAGAAAAUAAUUACUUUUAUGAACUCAAUACAGUUCAAGCCACGUCCACAAAAAAGAUUCUAACGGGGAUGUACCUCAACGGUGUGUUAGAAUCAUUUGAAGUAGACUCCGGUGCGGCGUUUACGGUUAUCUCGGAGAUAACAUGGAACCGCAUUAACCUGGGUAAUCGCGACCUCAGGCCGUCCAAUAUCAUGCUGCAAACGUGGUCGGAAGAAAAACUCAAUGUUUUGGGAUCAGCUCGGGUGAAUGUCGAAUACAAUAGGCAAAAGUACGUAUUAUCCGUUUUGGUCAUUGCAGGUGGCGGCAGGUUUUUGCUGGGCAGAGACUGGUUUGACGCGUUAGGGAUUACGGUGCACGGAGUAUUGACAGUAGAUGUUCCAACGGAUCUCACCAUGUUAGAGAAGAAAUAUAACUCGGUGUUCAACGAACAUUUGGGCGCGCAUAAUGGCCCUGCCAUAUCAUUAGAAAUCGUACAAGGAGCUCAGCCGAUUUUUCGUAAAUACAGGCCGUGUCCUAUCGCUUGGAAACCAGCCGUAGAAAGAGAAAUUGAAAAGUUAGUGGCGCAGAAAGUGUUGGAGCCAACGCUUUUUUCACACUGGGCAACGCCAAUUGUACCAGUCAUUAAAAAAGAUGGUACUAUGAGGAUUUGUGGGGACUAUCGCAGUACUGUAAACGCCGUGAUUAAGCCUAAUACAUAUCCAUUACCACUUUUUUCUGAGGUAAAGGCGGAAAUCGCGGGCGCGAAAUUGUUUACGAAAUUGGACCUGCAGCAGGCCUACCAGCAGCUAGUCGUAGAUGACUUUGCGGCAGAAUU